AGCCAUCAGUACAAAAUACGCAAAAGAUUUUCAUUUUCCGGAAAAAUCACUGGAAAAGCGCAACAGGUUGGUCUCUUUACGCAACAAAAACGCCAGGAGUUCGCGCAGUACUUCAUUUCCCAUCGAAUUCAAGUCGAGUACUGCAGCAAAGUAAUGCAGCACGCAGCUGAUUUGAAAACAGCUGCCAGCGCAGUAUAUGAAAUUACACACCGGCUGAAAUAACCCGGCGAGAAAUCCGGAGGAACGACCGCUCCAGUAUUCCAAAGCACCCAGAUGUAGUCAGGACUUACCCACUAAGCUGAGAUUUGAUGAAGAAAUGGCGGACGAAAAGGCUAAGGAAUCCUUCCGCGAGCGGCAAGCGCAGGAGUUGGAGGUUAUAAAGUCCAUCUUUGGCGGCGAUGUGGAGGACCUGCGACCCCAGGCGAAUCCUGCCCUGUGGAAGCCAACGGACAUACGGAUACAGCUCACCCCACUGAGAGACUCCUCCAAUGGACUGGAAACCUACGUCUGCACCAAGCUGCACGUCACCUGUCCUUCGAAGUAUCCAAAACUGCCCCCUAAGAUAUGUCUCGAGGAGUCCAAAGGCAUGUCGGAUCAGGUGCUGGAGGCCCUGCGCAGCCAGCUGCAGGCUCAGUCCCAGGAGCUACGUGGCGAGGUGAUGAUUUAUGAACUGGCCCAGACCGUUCAGGCCUUUCUCCUCGAGCACAACAAGCCGCCAAAGGGCUCUUUCUACGAUCAGAUGCUGCAGGACAAACAGAAGCGCGACCAGGAGCUACAGGACGAGCAGCGGCAGCGGGAGUCCCUGCAACGCCAGACGCUCAUCGACGAGGUGGAGCGGCGCAAGGAGAUGUUUAAGACGGAGACUAAAAGGCGCGGCGAACCACGGCGCAGCAUGAGCGAGUCUAACCCACGGCAUCCCAGCUCGUCGGAGAGCUCCGAGAACUCCUCGCCCUACUAUCGUGGUCACAUCUACCCCUCCAAAUGUCUGGAUCACCGCAACACGGAGACGCUCUACUUCCACAAGAUGGGCAGGCAAAUUCAGCGAGGAUGCUGCGUUGGUCACUCCCAACGAGGAUGCAUCGCCUACACUGGCAUAGACAUGCACAGCGGCCAGCUGCUCUAUAUCACAGAAUGGAACAUCAAGUACAGCCAGCUGGAGCAGCCGUGCAUCGGCGGAGGCAAGUGUCACUGGAGCAGCGAGUCAAAGUGCAUGGGCAAUCAUCGUGUGGACGAAGUGAUGGCCUCCAUUGAAAAGCAGGUGUCCACGCUGGCCCAACUACAGCAUAAAAAUCUUGUCUCCUACGAGUGCGUGCUCUGCAUCAAGCGGAAGGAAGGCUUGCUUGUAUAUUUGGUCCAGGACUUCCUGCUCGGCACCAGCGUGUUCAGCAUUUCCUCCUCGCUGGGCUGGUGCAUGGACGGCGCACGGAUGGUUGCGCGCGGCGUGCUGGAUGCCCUAAUAUUCCUACACAACAAGGGUGUAUCCCACAGUCACCUGCUCGACAGCACGGUUUUUAUGGACAACACCGGCAAUGUGCGGGUAUCAGACUUUUCGCUCGUUCCCAAUCUUCUAGAACUUCUGAGCGGAGCUGGACAAAGCAGCAGUUGCGGAGAUUUACCCGCGCUAGGUGCCCUGGUGGAGAGCUUAAUGCCCACUAACAGUUAUGAGAUGCGCGACUUUGUAGACAAAUGCAACUCGGACCGCACGCUUUCCGCAUCAGAGUUGUUGGAGCAUCCGUUCUUACGCUUCUACGUCGACAAUGGCCAGCAGCAAGUGAUGCCAUUACCACUGCAGCAGCAUCCUAGUACCGUCCAGCGCACUGGACCCGCCAUGCCCUACCAGAUACCGACACUGGCCUUAAGCCAAUCCCGCCUGCGAACAGAGUUCGAGGUGCUCAUGUACUUGGGAAAGGGUGCCUUUGGCGACGUCCUAAAGGUGCGCAACAUUUUAGACAACCGAGAGUACGCCAUCAAGCGCAUUCCAUUGCCCGCGAGGAGUCGCCAGUUGUACAAAAAGAUGACGCGCGAGGUGGAGCUACUUUCGCGGCUGAAUCAUGAGAACGUAGUUCGAUACUUUAAUAGUUGGAUAGAGAGUGUGGAUGACGCAGAUGCCGCUGAGAUGGAUAAACUGCUGGGUGGUGAGUGGUCCCAGAGCCAGCAGGACCUCAGCGUGAAGCCUGCCAAGUCACCACAGCUUGGGCCCACCUUGGAGGAGGAUGAGGAUGAAGAGGACAGCUCAUCCAGCAUGUGGAACGGUUACAUACCCAACAUGGAGGACUCCGAUUCGGAUGGCAUUGAAUUUGUGGACUCCAACGGCAAGGUGGCCGUCUACGACGACGAAGAGCAAGAGGAUUCCACCAGAGGCAAGACCAAUUCGCCAAAACCUCUGAUGCAGGUCAUGUACAUUCAGAUGGAGUUCUGCGAGAAAUGCACACUGCGCACCGCAAUCGAUGACAAUCUUUUCAAUGACACGGAUCGACUGUGGCGUUUAUUUCGGGAGAUCGCCGAGGGCCUCGCGCACAUUCACCAGCAAGGCAUUAUUCAUCGGGACCUAAAGCCCGUUAACAUCUUCUUGGACUCGCACGAUCAGAUCAAGAUCGGUGACUUCGGUCUGGCCACCACCAGUUUUCUGGCCCUGCAGGCCCACGACACAGCACCUGCGCCUGUGCACCAGAUAACCAGUGCGGAGGACGGCACUGGCACUGGUAAGGUGGGCACCACUCUCUACGUGGCCCCCGAGUUGACGGGAAAUGCUUCCAAGUCUGUGUACAACCAGAAGGUUGAUAUGUACACCCUGGGAGUCAUUCUCUUCGAGAUGUGCCAACCACCGUUCGACACAAGCAUGGAGCGGGCUCAGACCAUUAUGGCCCUUCGCAAUGUUUCCAUCAAUAUACCGGAUGCUAUGCUCAAGGAUCCCAAGUAUGAGAAGACGGUGAAGAUGCUUCAGUGGCUUCUUAACCACGAUCCCGCCCAGAGACCUACGGCGGAGGAGCUGCUCAUCUCAGACCUGGUUCCACCAGCCCAGUUGGAGGCCAAUGAGCUGCAGGAAAUGCUGCGUCACGCGCUCGCCAAUCCGCAGAGCAAGGCCUACAAGAACCUGGUCGCCAGGUGUCUUCAACAGGAGAGCGACGAGGUGCUGGAACACACCUACCACUUGGGUAGCAGCCGAGCUAUGAAAUCCUGGAACUCGGCCAUCAUAAUCGACGAUAUAGUGUCCCUGAACCCCGUGAUUGAGUUUGUUAAGGCUAAGGUCGUGAAUCUGUUCCGCAAACACGGAGCCAUAGAGGUGGACUCACCACUCCUGUCCCCACUUUCCGCAAGGAACAGCAGCGCGAAUGCGAACGCCAAUGCCGUGCACCUGAUGACCCACUCGGGAUGUGUGGUGGUGCUACCCUGCGACCUGCGGACACAGUUUGCCCGCCACGUGACCAUGAACAGCGUGAAUCUCAUUCGGCGCUAUUGCGUGGACCGUGUGUAUCGGGAGGAGCGAGUGUUCAAUUUCCAUCCCAAACAAAGCUACGACUGCUCCUUCGAUAUAAUUGCACCCACAACUGGAAGCCACCUGGUGGAUGCGGAGCUGCUAUCGUUGGCUUUUGAAAUCACCAGUGAACUGCCCCGUUUGCGGGAAAAGAAUCUGGCGAUCCGCAUGAAUCACACUAAUCUGUUGAGGGCCAUCCUCAUCUUCUGCAAUGUACCAAAGGCUCAGUAUGGAGCACUGUUCGAGAACACCAUGGACUUCAUCGAGUCGCGCAUCUCACGCUUCCAAUUUCACUCGAGCAUAACAGGGAUUAUGGAAAAGUCGCGAACAUCUGCGCAAACUCUGAUGGACAUGUUGUUAGCCAACUUUCUGCUGACUGGUUCCAGAAGCACGGUCGACGAUUCCGCGCUGAAAUCUUUGAUGCGCGGAAAGGGCGAAGCGGCUUCACUGGCGAGAGGAGCACUACGGGAACUUGAAACCGUGGUGGGACUGGCUUACAGCCUAGGCGUAAAGUGUCCUAUACACAUAUGGGCUGGCUUGCCCAUCAGCUUCGAUCGUGCCAGCAACGGUGGAAUUGUGUGGCAGAUGACCGCUGAUCUGAAACCGAAUCGCUCUGGUCAUCCUUCGGUUCUGGCGAUUGGGGAGAGAUACGAUUCCAUGCUGCAUGAGUUCCAGAAGCAGGCGCAGAAGUUUAAUCCUGCCAUGCCGGCACGAGGAGUGCUUAGUGGAGCGGGCUUGACGUUUUCCCUGGACAAACUGGUGGCUGCUGUGGGUGUGGAGUACGCUAAGGACUGUCGGGCGAUAGAUGUGGGCAUUUGCGUGUGUGGAACCCGUCCGCCGCUAAAGGAUGUGACCUACAUCAUGCGUCUGCUGUGGUCGGUUGGCAUCCGUUGCGGCAUUGUGGAGGCCGCCAGCGAGUUGGGCGAUGAAGCGCAGGAUCUUGCUCGCCUUGGGGCGUUACAUGUCAUCCUAGUGGCGGAAAAUGGAUCCUUGCGAGUGAGAUCUUUCGAGCGGGAACGCUUUCAGGAGCGUCACCUGACCAGAACCGAACUGGUGGAGUUCAUCCAGAAGAUGCUGCGAACUGAUGGACUCAAUGGAACCACUGUCGACACCUUCAGCCAGUCGUCAACCACGGGUAGUGGCGACAGCAGAAGCAGUGGUGGUGGCAAGGAAAGGGAGCGCGGCGAGAAUGGCCUGAGCACCUCCGCAUCGAAUGCCACCAUUAAGAACAGCUACAGCCAGCUGCCGAAUCUCCAGGUGACGUUUCUCACCCACGACAAGCCUACGGCGAACUACAAAAGGCGCCUGGAGAACCAGGUGGCCCAGCAGAUGAGCUCAACGCUAUCCCAGUUCCUCAAGAAAGAGACCUUCGUGGUCCUGGUGGUGGAGUUGCCACCAGCUGUUGUAAAUGCCAUUGUAGGGGCCAUCAAUCCUCGCGAGAUACGCAAGAGAGAGACUGAACCGGAAAUCAACUUUGUGAUCGAGCGAUUUUCGAAGUACAAGCGCUAUAUAUCCGAGAUAAACGAAGAGGUGAUGGACUAUCUGGGCGAUGCCAAGACUCCCAUUGUGGCCUUGUACAGCAUUUCCGAUUCCUACUACCGCGUCAUUAUCUAGCCAACACCAGAAGCUUCGAAUCGGCGCCACUACUUAGUAGAGCAGCCAUUAGUAUAAGCUGGAAAGUGUCACAAAUAGUUUGGCCGAAAUUCUACUUAACUGGCUGUCUUCCGUGCCAUUUGCAUUUUUGGAAUCAAAAUUAUGUUCAUAGACUUAGUUUGUGCGAAUCAAAAUUGAUGAGAUUGUUUGUUUCUGCAUCCAUCGCAAAUGGUUAAGAACUUAUUUCCUUGGAUAGGAACACUAUUCUGCCAAUUUAUUGAUUGCUUUUUCAAUGAAAGCUCUAGUUCAUAGGCACUUAUUUAAUUAUUACUUCGUUAAAAGUAAAUCCUUGCUAAUGUUGUUCGCGCCUAAGUCAAAGGAAUAGUUGGAAACUUAAAAAAAAUCCUAUUUGAAUUUGUAUAACUAUAUUUAAACAAGACUUUACGUAUCCGAACUGAAAGGAAUAUUCUUGCACUUCGAAAUUAAAGUUAAGUAGAGGCUAAUAUUUUCAGAGAAAA